GGGAUCAAUCAAAACAUUGCAUUGUGUUUGUGUAUAAUGUCAAAAUUAAGAAUAGAAAUAGAAAUUGUUUCGCUGAGUGAAAGGUCAAGUGGAUAACUAAAUUCCGAUAAUGUAUCUAACUCUAACAUGAUCAAAACCCUAAUUCACAGUACAAAAUUUGCAUACCCGGAAAUGAUGUUACUAUCGGAACACCGGUAUUCUACUAGAAGUAAUAGAUUAAAAUGAAAUUUUCAAUAAGAACAGUAUUUGUAGUGAUAUCUAUGUUUCUUCUAUCAUUUUUAUUCUCCAAUAUAUUCAGCACUUCUACAAUAGAUCCAAAAUUGAUUGUCACCGAGAAAUAUCAGAAUAUUGGUGAUCAGUCUACCAAUCUCAUAUGGUUCGUGCAGAUAAGUGAUAUACAUAUAAGUGUAUUCCAAGAUCCUUCAAGAAUAAGCCAGUUUAAGGAUUUUUGCUUUCGUACACUGGACGCAAUAAAACCUAUUGUCGUGUUAGCUUCUGGGGAUUUAACUGAUGCAAAGACCAAAGAUCGAGUAGGUUCAACGCAAAUAGAGAGCGAAUGGCAACAUUAUCAUGAUAUUCUUGAAGAGUCUCGUGUGAAAGAUAAAACUCUUUGGUUGGAUAUUAGGGGAAACCAUGAUAGCUUCAAUGUUGCUGGACCACAAUCGAAACAAAAUUAUUAUGCCAAUUACUCAGUACAAGGAAGGACAAAUCCGAGGUCCUACAUGUAUCAAAUAAAAAAGGAUAAUGUUACUUACUCAUUCAUAGCCAUAGAUGCAUGCUUGGAUCCCGGUCCGAAACGUCCUUUCAAUUUUGUAGGGAUACUGGAUGAAAAAGAGGUUGGCCAUAUAAAUAAAAUGAUAGAAAAACUGCAGAAUACUGGUAGUGACUACACUGUAUGGUUUGGUCACUUUCCAACCUCCUGUAUCCUCUCAUAUGGCGAACAGUCGAUACGGGAAAUGAUAGGGAGAGACAAAAAUGGUCUAGCAUAUUUGUGUGGACACCUACAUAAGUUAGGUGGUUUAGUACCCCACAUGUACACUUUACAAAAUGAGGGGUUCUUGGAACUUGAAUUGGGUGAUUGGAAAGACAACAGGAUGUAUCGUGUACUCGCUAUAGAUCAUGGUGGAUUUUCCUUUAUCGACGUUGAACAUAAUGACUGGCCUGUGAUACUUGUAACUAAUCCAAAGCAUGCUCUUUUUGUGAAUCCUCUUAGAGAAAAUUUAGAGAGCUUACGUAAUUCUAGAUUUAUCAGGGUAUUAGCGUUUUCUUUAUCCAAAAUCACAUCUGUGAAAGUGAGAAUAAAUAAUGAAGAUUGGAAAUAUUGCCAUCAUGUUAAGGGUCCCUUAUACGUCGCACCCUGGAAUCCCAACUUGUAUCCAGAAGGGUUGCACGAAAUAGAGAUUCUUGUGAAAGAUCUGGAUGGUAGAUCCAAAACAAUCAAACAUAGUUUUGCCCUUGAUGGCACUCGACUGAGUUUUAAUGUGAUGCCUAAGUUUUUCUUAUCGAUCAGGGCGAAUGUUGUGUUUCGACUGAUGUUCUUGACUAGUAUUUUAUUAUCUGUUGUUCCUUUGAUCUUCCUAAGGUACCUGCAUAAAUUAGUAGAAGUAGGAAAAGUGCCAAAACCUCGACUGAAUCAAAGUUGCUUUAAAGUAUGGCUUCGAAAAUUGUGGGUUUUAUCCACGAUCGACCGCAUUUUUUGGCCAAUGGUGUUGUACCCAAUCUACCUCUGUUUUGGACCAUGGUCUAUUGGUUACAUCAUCGAGGAACAUAUCGGUGUCAUAUUUGCCUGGGGAAUAUAUGUCAAGGGCACAUUCCUUCCAGGCUCAUUCACUUACGCCUAUGGUUUCCUACAAAUUGUUACAUUUCAAAUUCCCCUUACUUUCAUUAUGGCGAAUGGAGUUGACCAACGAUUUCAAAUUCAGGUUUUGAAACCGAAAAGAGGAAAAUCCAAAUUGACCGCUAUGGGGAUGCAUUUGCCCUUUGUGAUAUUAAUACUGGUGCAACUAGAAAUGGCGUACUUAUUCUGGUUGGCUUAUGGUACCCUGGCCUUCAUCCUUGGUCCCUUGAGAACUUGGUCUGUGUUUUUAGCUAUGGCUCUUUGGUACCAGACACUGACUUAUCCUACUCAUUGUACGAGGAAAGCUGCAUCAGUAUGGACCCCCAAACUUUCUGAAGAGAGUUCAACAUCUGUUAGUACUGUAGAAAGAUAAAUUAAUUUAUUGUUAUAUACUAAAAGAAUAUCAAUUUAUCAUAUAAAUUAAUAGAGUGAUU